UCAUCUUUUAUGUAUGUCAGGCUCUCACCAAUUCUUUUCAUUUAUAUAAUAAACUCUCAUCUUCUUCAUUCAUUCACUCGCAAUUUCCCUCACUCUCUGGUAAUAUGUCUAGUAGUAUGUAUGCAGCAGAAAAUAACCAUUAUAAGAAACUCCUUGGUCAUCAUCAAGGAGGAAUUGCAGAUCUUCCACCAAGAAAGCAGCUUCUUACUAGGAGAUCUUCUAACUUGAUGAUACCAAAUAUUUCUUUUGAUGAUCAUGAUGAUGAUCAUUUUGAAACAGUACUACUGAAUUUUCCUCACAAGUUCUUGCCAUGCAACAACACUUCUGACGAUGAUGAGAAUGAUCCGUAUGCAAGUGAUGAAUUUAGAAUCUAUGAGUUUAAAAUCCGACGUUGUAUGAGAAGUAGAAGUCAUGAUUGGACUGAUUGUCCAUUUGCUCAUCCCGGUGAAAAAGCACGUAGAAGAGAUCCACGUAGGUAUCAUUAUUCAGGUAAUGCUUGUUCUGAUUUCAGACGUGGUAAUUGUCUCCGUGGUGAUUCCUGUGAAUUCUCUCAUGGUGUUUUUGAAUGUUGGCUUCAUCCUACUCGUUAUAGAACUCAAGUUUGUAAAGAUGGCCGGAACUGUAAACGGAAAGUUUGUUUCUUUGCUCAUACACCUAAGCAACUUAGGGUGCUAGUCCCUCCUCGUGAUAGUCCUAGAACAAAACCCCAUCAUCAUCUCUGUAAUUGUGUUUACUCUCAUUCUUCGUCUUCGUCACCAGUUUCUUCUUCUUCUCCUACUUCUACACUAAUGGGGUUCUCUCAUUUAUCAUUGUCUCCGCCAUUAUCACCAACAAUAUCUCCUAGUUCAUCAUCAGAGUUAACUCCUAAGCAACAACAAUCUCUUCUGGGAAUGUUGAGUUAUAAAAGUAAGUUGAUGGAGCUGGUAAAUUCUUUGGAAGCUAUGGAUUUGAGUUGUAUUAAUAAUGAUUCUCCUACUGCUGCUGCAAUGAUCAAUGACAACAAUUUUUCUUGGAGUGGUGGUAAUAACAAUAUUUCUUCUUCUUCUCCUAAUUAUGAGAAUCAGGAGCAGUUCUUUAUGUCUCCUAAUUCAACUACUACUGAGUCACCAAGAAAUAAUAGUGGAUUCAAGCAGCGAGAUUAUUAUAACUUCUCUAAUAAUGAAGAUUAUGGAAAUGGUGAAUCAUCAUCAUCUUCAUGCCCUCCUGAUCUUGAUUGGGUGAAUGAGCUUGUGAUGUAAACCAUGGUCGAAGCUAUAUGUAAGAUUUGUUCAUCACUUAGAAUAAUGAGUAUAUAAUUAUGUUUAUGGGGAUUGGUCGUUGAUGGUGAAGGGGUAGCUAUUGAUUUUUAAUUGGGUUGUGUCGGUCUAAUUAGUAUUUUGGUUUGAUUUUUGUUGUUUGAUUCAAAGGAAGAAGAAGGUUCAUUAAGAUAUAAGAAGAGCUUGAUGUUUUGUUUAGUUCCUUGAUUGAUGAGGUCCAAGUACUUCUCUCAAGUACCAAGUUGUGUUUAGUUGUGUUUGAUUUUUGAGUGAUGUUUUUGUUUCAUGUGCUGUAUUUAUAUCCCAGAAUAAUGGAAUA